AUGAUGGCUUCUCCACUUCCUGACAGCUUUUCUGCGUUUAUGACGACGUCCUCGGCUCCUGUGCCCCCGGGUACAGUGUCGCCAAAGGACUUGAUGUCGGGCCCUCCAUCAUCAUUCUCCACUGAGCUUGGCACUCCUCAGUCCGCCUUUGACUCGCCUGCAGACUUGUCCUUUGGUCACUUUACAUCACCCGUAUAUGUGGCCGAUGGCGAUCUUCCGGCCGACCACAAUGACUGGAGCUCUCUCUUCCCAGAUAGUCAUGAUAUGUCUGAAGAUUUCGACAUGACACUUGCCACUUUUGCGCAGGAGAAGACUAGCAAACCUCGUCCUUCUACUGUCAGUAUGUCGGCUGCUUCUCCGGAGUCUUACACUGAUGGAGAUGCUUCGUCGCCCAAGGCCAAGAACAAGCGCAAUCUUCCCGAUCCAAAGUUCGAUCCUACUGACCCGGUCGCGGUCAAGCGUGCGCGAAAUACGAUGGCCGCGCGUAAGUCUCGUCGACGCAAAUUAGAGAAGCAGGAGCAGUUGGAGGACCGGAUCCGAGACCUCGAGGCAAUGUUGGCCAAAUCUGAAAAGGAUGUCGAGUACUGGAAGGCUAUGGCUCAAACCUCCAUGACCGAUGCUUGA